GACAGUUCAAAAAAUUCAACUACUGUUUUUGAUCGAGGAUCGUGUAACUUUUUUAUAAUUGUAAUUUGUUGUUUUAUUGGUGUACGAAAAUAAUUUUUUUGAAUUAACGGGCGACCAGUUAGGUUCAAGCAGUCGCCAUUCUUAAAAUUUGUGAUUUAUAGUUUUAUGAGGCUACGAGAAUCUGUUAGUUGUAUAUCAGCCGGGUGAAUAGAAAACUCAACAUGUCGAAUAAACAUGUAUUUAACGUAACGAAUGGAGAUGGUCAAUCGAAGAUGGGUUUCGUGGGACAAAUCGCCGAGCGCAGGGAUCACCUGAUCAACAACCAGUUCAUGUCCGACAUUGUUUUCAUCGUGGGAGAACAGAAGCAGCGAAUCUAUGCUCACAAACUGUUUCUGAUUACAGCUUCAGAGUUCUUUACUACCAUGUUCACCGGGGGUUUCAAGGAGGCUAGCGCGUCGGAGAUCACACUAGAUGAUACGGAUCCGACCAUCUUUUUGGAAAUCCUUCGGUUCAUUUAUUCCCGCACAAUGAACCUGACGCCGGAAAACAUUCACAAAAUUUGCGUUCUUUGUGAAAAGUACAUGCUAGCGGAUGGUUUGGAAUACGCUUCGGAGUUUGUCGUAAAGAGCGUCACCAAGCAAAAUGUUCUGAAGGUUUUGCAGCAGAAUCGGCGGUUCAAGUUUGGCAACGUAGACGCACGAUGUGUGGACUUUAUUGCGGAAAAUCCUAUGUUUUACUUCCAACAUGAGGAUAUAAAUUUACUCGAUCGCGAUUCACUUGAAGUGAUUAUCAAAACAAAGCGCAUUAAUUGUUCAAAUGUUGAAAUAUUGAAAAUUUUGGAAGAAUGGCAAAAGAGCGACGAGGGAGACGUGGCUGAAUUAAAAUCCAAGCAAGUUGCUGAAUUGAAGACGAUUCUUGAAAAUACGCCCCGCUCGUUAGGGUGCAAUACAUUAAUCGUUUUCGGUUUUUUUUAAAAAAGGUGCUACUGGAAACAAAAAUGUCUAUAAAUUUCAAGUAACAUCAAUAAAACCAAUUUUUCUGCUGGGUGUUGGAGUGUUCGUCAAGCCACCCAUUAAGAGCACCUCCAUCACAGUAAGAUGUCGAAAAUUUACUCCGUAUAGUACAGGUGACGACGACGCGGUCGGGUUCCGCGAAUAUAUCCCAGAAAAUGCAGUCACUGUAAAUGUUGUCGAUAUAUUUUUCCCAAGAACUAAAGUGGAACCUGAAUCCGCAUACGACAUAGUAAUCAAUAUGCCGAAACCGGAAUUUUUUAUCCAGUGUCCAAAAAUUCAUGACGACAAUAUCACUUUAACUUUCAACGAUGAAAUUAUUCCCAUUGCUCGUCUUCACUAUCUGGAAUGCGUGGAAACAUCUUUAGAAGAUUUAUAAAUUUUCCAAAACAAUUCAGUUGACUUAGCCUUAUCGGUUAUUGCUUAAAAAAAUAAAGACAUAAAAAUGUG